AUGGCUUAUCCGAAUACUGAAGCCUUGCCAGUUACAAACUACAGUCUUGAAAUUUACACGUUCUUCACGAUAGAUAUAAAGAAAGGUUCUAUUGCGCACUUUGUGAUGUACAAUUUCGACCGGAUAAAUCUCACACAUGGCGUGGCUCUUUGCGGCACAACCAUGAUGAUAAUGUCACUGCAGAAGCAGAUCAUUCAUAUGCUUCAUGUCGACGAAUUCGGUGCGAUGAUACCAUUGAAGGACAUCGGUGCUUCAAUAUGGGAUGAUGAUGGACUGUACCUAUUUGGUGACUGCCAAGCAACGCCGACACGAACUUCUCUUUAUACUGGAUUGAAACAGCGGCUGCUCACAUUCCUUUAUAAAGAGGCGAAACGAGAAGGCAAUGUGGAAGAGUUCUUGCGUCUUACACCAUCUUAUGUGGAGAAGUUACGAAUGCAUCGUGCUCAACUCUUCGAUGGUCAUUAUCUGCUUGUCAGGAUGCUACCACAUACUUCCAUACGGUACGAUAUCGCGCUGAUGCCAUGUUUUCUAUUCAUCUUGGAUUGGAGAGAUUGCAAGAUUCUGGCAGUUUACCAAGAGUACGGACCUGAGUUGUUGGCGUUCUAUGAAAACUUCGUCGAGGUUUUGUUGACUCCAACGCAAAACCCGCAUCGGUAUCCAAAGUCAUUUCAAUACAAUCCGCAUUCGAAGCAGAAAGCACAUUGGUUAAUGGGCAAUAGUUCAGGAAGUGAGUUUUUUGAGCGAAUGUAUGAAGAACGUCUCUCUGGUGCUGAGCCUUUUUGCGGCUGCCACCAUUCUUCAUCGGAAAAUCCUUACCUCGAUCCCUUAUACUUUUCGAUUGAUGAGAAAAUUUCAUUCGAAUCUGAUGUAUGGCAUGCGCACCAGAUUUUCGCGAGGCGCACCCAGCAUCACGUGUGCUCACUGAGUCUACCACCAUCGUUGGCAUCGAAGAGCCCCGCUUGUGUGAUUCUGUUUCAUCCACAGGAUCCAUUAGCUAUUGCUUUUGACCGCAUUCGUACUGAUCAGCCCACGAUGCGAACAACAGCGGCUGUUCGGGAGAUGCAUGUGGCGUUAGUAGGAAUGACAGGAUCAGGAAAAUCUGCCAUCGCUGUCAAAUACAUAACGAAACGAUUCAUUGGAGAAUAUGAUUCGAGUUUGGAAGACACCUACUGCCGUCAGGAUACUGUAGCCGGGCAGCCUCUGAUGGUUUGGAUGAUGGAUACGGUAGAUGAUGCAUCGCGAGACGAAAUGCGAUGGCUGGCUUGGGCUGAUGUGUAUUUGGUGGUAUACGACGUGACAAGUAUGCAGAAAACAUUCUCGAGCGCAUCACCAAGCAUGAGCAUUUACUGUGUGCUAGAGAACAUAAGACGAUUCUACUGGGUAACAAGAACGAUUUGGAGCGAUAUCGGCAAGUAUCUGAAGCGGCAAGGUGAAGCGGAUUGGACCAGGCAGUUAAAAUCAUUUUGCGAAUCGGAGCAGCUACGAGAUCAUGCCCAUGGAGCAAACUACUUAAUACUACAAUAUUCUAACUGGAAAAGGAGUCCAUCGCCUCGUUUGUGCUCCUCAGACUCAGAGAUUGUCACACCUAGGAAAUCGGCUUUCUCAGCGCUUCGUUCAACAAGUCGAUCCGGUCAAGUACGAUCUAAAGCAGCGAAGCCGGUACAGUUACACAAGACGCCGAGUUUGAGCAAAAUCAAGACGGGCAGCAAGUUGCUGAAGUUAUUUCAUAAUUAA